GCCGUCUGGUGGUUUGGACGCAGUGAACCCAAACUGCAUCGUCGUCAGAGAUGACUUACGACCAUCUAUCAGUGACAGUUGGUGCAAGAUGGCGGCCGAGGGGGAGUACGAGUCGAUCCUGUGCGUGAAACCAGAUGUCAACGUUUACCGCAUUCCACCUCGAGCUUCGAACCGUGCGUACAGGGCAGCAGACUGGAAGCUGGACAGUCCGGACUGGUCUGGCCGCAUGAGGAUCACAGCCAAGGGCAAAGUGGCAUUCAUCAAGCUGGAGGACAAAGUCUCAGGAGAGCUGUUUGCACAGGCUCCAGUGAAUGAGUAUCCCGGCAUUGCAGUGGAAACGGUUAGCGACUCCAGCCGUUACUUUGUUCUGAGGAUACAGGACGACAGUGGUCGCAGCGCUUUCAUCGGAGUCGGCUUCGGAGACAGAGGAGACUCCUUUGACUUCAACGUGACCUUGCAGGAUCACUUCAAGUGGGUGAAACAAGAGAUAGAAAUCAGUAAAAAUGCACAUCUAGGAGAUUCUGGACCCAAACUGGACUUGGGUUUUAAGGACGGACAGACCAUCACUCUCAACAUUGGACAAGGUAAAAAGAGGGAUAAGCCCCGCCCCCAGAUCUCGGGUGGGAUGGGACUCCUCCCACCACCACCUGGAGGCAAGAUAGCCCCUCCUCCUUCGUCAGGGACAUGCAACCUCAACACAGUCCCACAGACUGGAGGCACAGAGACAGAAUGCCUGCUGGAUCUGGACUGCAGUAACUCGAACACAAUGGUUCAGUCCAACGCCAAUGCAGAUCUUCUCUGGGGAGACUUCUCAGCUCCUGCAAGCUCUGUUCCUGCUGCGGCCGAGCCUCAGAGCACCACAAACUGGAUCCAGUUUUGAUUGGCCCUGGCCGUGACCUGAACCCCACAGGUGCAUCAUGCUGAGAUUGGACCCACAUCCUGUUUGUAGCUCUCUCAAGUCCUCUUAAACAGAAAAGCAAUGUGUUGAAGCUAUCAAACAUGAGCCAUCUUCAACAAAUGUUUAAGGGCUACGCGCGCUUUGUGUUUGUCUGAGCAGAGCUUUGUGUGUUCACACCAUGCCACCACCUCUGCAGCCACGGUGGUGCUUCAUGUGAAAACAGACGCCAUUGUUUCAUGCAGCCUGUUGCUGUGCUGUGAAAAAGGAAAAGCACUUUUCAAGCCAGAAAUGUUGUUUACAAUCAUUUUUUUUAUACAGGGUAUGCUUUGUUGCAUAAGAAAAGAAAAAGAAAAACUCAUAUAAAUGUCUUUAUUUUGCAUAAAGCUUAAAGCAUUCCUGAAUAAGAAAGUUGAGCUGAAUGUUGCAUCUUAUUUACUGAAAGAAUUUUACUGAAAACUUUUAGAUCUUUUCAGAGAUUUUGAAUGUUAAUGUCAGUGAAUGAAUUCUUCACCUUUUUGCUGAUUAUAUGAAAUUAUUCCAUGUAAUUUUGCUGUGAUCAGAUAACAUGGACUGUGUUUAUCUAUUAGGUUUUAAGAUGAUUGACUGUUUUGCUUUAAAAAAGUAUUUUGUCUCAUUUCUCAUUUAGCUUCGACUGUAAAGUCCAAGGACUAACAGCAAGAAUAAUUGACUGAAAAAGGCAAUAAAACCUUCAGUGACUCCA